AUAAUAAUAAUAAUAAGAGCUUAAUAUGACAUUGUGACGCCAAAUGGUUUAGCUGAGUGUUUACUUAAAGUGCCAACGAGUCGUUUUAAAAUCAUGGAGGACGAUAAUGAGAUGUAUGACGCCAUCAUGCGGGAGCUGGACAAUUUAGUCAUCUCUGACACUGAUGAAAGUAAAGAAGAGAUGGAGAGCCUUUCAUUUCACGAGGAGGCGGAUUUUGAUGCCAUUCCUCCAUCUCUGCUCAGUUACUAUGAAACCUCCAAAAGCAGAUCGGCAGUUUGUGAGAAGCUCAUCCUUGAGGAACCCGAAGACUUCACUGUAUCACAUCGCACUGAGGACAUGUUGUACUUGCCUAUUGAAUUCGAUAAGGAUGUGACGAAACUGAAUGAGCAGGUCAUCAGUGACACAGAAAGUGGGGAGAACAACAUGUCCACGGUCACUCGCCUUCUUCCUGGACCCACAGAGGCAGAAGCACUUUUCACUCACAAUGUGUCAGUGUGUCCAGACGAUGAAGAUGAAGCUGGAACAAAUAAAUACACGGAGAGGGAGAGGCAGUCGGCGUUAGAAAUGAGGACUCUUGAGAUCUCUCUGACUGAGAAGGAGAUAAAGAAAAACAGUGACUAUGAGGCAGAGCGAGAGAGACGACUCUGUGAGGAGAGGCAGAGGGAAGAGCAAAAGAGACAAACUGAAAGAGACUUCCAGGAGGAGCUGAGGAAGAUAAUGGAAGCAGAAAAGCUCCAACAGAGGGAACUGGAGCUGAUGGAGAAGAGAGCUCAGGAAAAACUUGAACAAGAGUUUCUGCUUCACCAGGAACAGAUCAGCAGCUUACAGAGACGAGUGGAGGAAGAGAGGAGGAUGAGGGAAGAGGAGCAGAAGAGAAGGAAGGAAGAGGAGAAAAGUAAGAUCGAGGCAGAGAGGAAAAGAAUGGAGGAAGAGAAAAGGAGGAGGAAAGAAGGAGGAGAAGAAAAUUGA